AUGGCACCCGCCGCAGACGCAUCCCCCAAGAAGCCCGUCAUCAUUGUCGGGGCAGGCCUCGCCGGCCUCGUCGCCGCGUUUGAGCUGGCCGAGCGCAACAUCCCCACCAUCCUCCUCGACCAGGAGAAUCGCCAGAACCUGGGCGGCCAGGCGUUCUGGUCGCUCGGCGGCGUCUUCAUGGUCGACUCGUCACGGCAGCGCCGCCUCGGCAUCAAGGACUCGCGCGACCUGGCCAUGCGCGACUGGCUCGACUCGGCCCAGUUUGACCGCGACGUCGAGGACCACUGGCCGCGCCGCUGGGCCAAGGCCUUUGUCGAUUUUGCUACGGACGAGAUGGAGGCGUACGUCGGAGCGCGCGGCAUGGGCUUCGUCUUCAACGUCGGCUGGGCGGAGCGCGGCGCAGGUCGCGCCGACGGCCACGGCAACUCGGUGCCGCGAUUCCAUCUCACAUGGGGUACCGGGCCCGAGGUCGUCCGCGUCUUUUGCGAGCCUGUGCUCGCGGCGGAGAAGAGGGGCACCGUCGAGUUUCGCUUUAGACACCAGGUGGAUGACAUCAUCACCGACGAGCGCGGCCAUGCCGUCGGUGUGCGGGGAAGCAUCCUCGAAGAAGACGACGCGGCGCGCGGCGUCAAGUCGUCGCGCAAAGUCGUCGACAGCUUUGAAAUUUAUGGCUCCUCCGUUCUCGUCUCGUCGGGCGGCAUCGGCGGCAACGUUGAGGCUGUCAAAAAGGCCUGGCCCGUGGACCUGCUCGGCCCCAAGGUGCCGGAGCACUUUGUCGUGGGCGUGCCGGCACACGUCGACGGCCGCAUGAUUGACAUUUCCAAGACGGCCGGCGCCAAUGUCAUCAACACGGACCGCAUGUGGCACUACACUGAGGGCCUGCAAAACUGGAAUCCCAUCUGGCCCGGCCACGGCAUCCGCGUCCUGCCCGCGCCAUCGUCACUCUGGCUCGACGCCACCGGCACGCGGCUGCCCCCGUUCCUGUUCCCCGGCACCGACACACGCGCGACACUCAAGCACAUUUGCGGCACCGGCUACGACUACACCUGGUUUAUUCUCGACCAGACCAUCAUUGCCCGCGAGUUCGCCCUCUCCGGCUCGGAGCAGAACCCCGACAUUACGAACAAGAGCAUCUGGCAGAUGCUGACGCAGCGCAUCUUCAGCAGCAAAGGCACGAUUCCCGUGCAAAACUUUCAAAGGCACGGCAAAGACUUUGUCGUGCGCGACACGCUGGCGGAGCUCGUCGAGGGCAUGAACGUGCUGGCCAAGGAGCGCAACGGCCCCGCGCUCGACUUGGACGCCGUCACGGCUGUCGUCGAGGCCCGCGACAGCCAGUUUGACAAUCCCUACAGCAAGGACGCGCAGGCCAUGCUCAUCCACAACGGGCGCAGCUACUGGCCCGACAAGCGCAGCCGCAUCGCGCCGCCGCACCGGCUGCUGGACCCGGCACACGGGCCGCUCAUUGCCGUCCGCAUGAACCUGCUCACGCGCAAGUCGCUCGGCGGCAUCGAGACCAACUUGGACAGUCAGGUCAUGCGCGCGGACAAAACAGCGUUCCCUGGGCUGUACGCGGCGGGCGAGGCGGCCGGGUUCGGCGGCGGCGGCGUCCACGGGUACAACUCGCUCGAGGGCACGUUUGUGGGCGGUUGCAUCUUUUCAGGGCGCGCCGCCGGAAAGGCCAUGGCGGCCGAGUAUGAAAAGUUGUAG